AUGGAUGGAGAAGAGAAAACAUACAGCAGGUGCGAGGGCCCAGAUGCUAUGUAUGCGAAAUUGAUAUCUUCUGAUGGUCAUGAAUUUAUUGUGAAAAGGGAGCAUCCUUUAACAUUAGGAACAAUAAAAGCCAUGUUAAGUGGCCCGGGUCAGUUUGCUGAAAAUGAAACCAAUGAAGCUAAUUUUAGAGAAAUUCCAUCACAUGUGCUAUCAAAAGUAUGCAUGUAUUUUACCUACAAGGUUUGCUACACUAACAGCUCUACAGAGAUUCCUGAAUUCCCAAUUGCACCUGAAAUUGCACUGGAAUUGCUGAUGGCUAGAUUGUUAAAUAAAAUAAAUUACGAUAAACUGUUAACUUUUUCAGCCUGGGAGAAGGGUGGUUGA